CUUUUAUAGGUCAGCCUUCAGCGUGGGCUGGAGGAGUGACACGAGUGGGAGUCUGAGGAGGACCAGAGGAUGGCAACACGGACUUCUGGUGGUCAAAUCCACACGUGCACACGUCUGAUCCCGUGGAGUGGAGGCUGCGCGUGACGGGGAGGAAGAGCUGCUGACAACACUUUCAUGUGGAUUUAAAUUCAGGAAUGGGCGAUGGGAUGUGCUGCAACUUUGCAAUGACACGUCUGUGCAUCUGUAUCUUGCUUGUGAGCAUCACCUGCCAUCUGAGCCUCUCACAGGAUGUAACUGGAAGUCCCCAAAAGGCAGAAGUAGAUGACAACAUCACCAUAUUCACACGCAUCCUGGACGGCCUGCUUGAUGGCUACGACAACAGACUCCGCCCAGGACUGGGAGAAAAGGUGACUGAGAUCAAAACCAACAUCUUUGUUACCAGCUUUGGUCCAGUGUCUGACACUGAAAUGGAAUACACCAUAGAUGUGUUCUUUCGCCAAAGCUGGAAAGAUGAAAGACUUUGCUUUAAAGGUCCGAUGGAGAUGCUUCAUCUGAAUAAUCUUCUGGCAAGCAACAUCUGGACCCCCGACACCUUCUUUCUUAACGGAAAAAAAUCUAUUGCACACAAUAUGACCACACCUAACAAGCUGCUGAGGCUGAAAGAUGACGGGACCCUCCUCUACACCAUGAGACUGACGAUAUCAGCUGAAUGCCCGAUGCAUCUGGAGGAUUUCCCCAUGGAUGCUCACGCGUGUCCUCUGAAAUUUGGGAGCUAUGCAUAUCCGGUCUCGGAAGUGGUCUACACGUGGACUCAGGGUGCGGCUAAGUCGGUCAUGGUGGAAGAGGAAGGUUCCCGCCUCAAUCAGUACCAUCUGAUUGGUCAGACCGCAGGGACAGAGGACAUCUACACCAGCCGAGGUCAAUACACUGUGAUGAUGGCUCACUUUUACCUGAAGAGGAAGAUCGGCUACUUUGUCAUCCAGACCUACAUGCCUUGCUUUAUGACUGUGAUCCUGUCGCAGGUCUCCUUUUGGCUCAACCGAGAGUCUGUGCCAGCACGGACUGUGUUUGGUGUGACCACAGUGCUGACCAUGACCACACUGAGCAUUAGUGCUCGAAACUCCCUGCCAAAAGUGGCAUAUGCUACGGCCAUGGACUGGUUCAUUGCAGUGUGCUAUGCUUUUGUCUUCUCUGCCCUCAUCGAGUUCGCCACAGUUAACUACUUCACUAAGAGGAGCUGGGCCUGGGAUGGAAAGAAGGCAAUGGAGGCCCAACAGACCAAGAAAAAGGACCUGUUGGCUCUCUCCAAAAAGCCAAAGAACACUUGCUCAGCCGGUGUCAGUUACACAACCAACAUGUCAAAGGACACAUCCAUCUCCACCAUUUCAAACAGCACUACUGUCCAGCUCAAACCCCCUGAAUCCAAGGCAUCAGACCCAAAAAACACUUACAACAGCGUCAGCAAGAUUGACAAGAUGUCCAGGAUAGUGUUCCCGUUGCUGUUUGGGACCUUCAACCUGGUCUACUGGGCUACAUAUCUGAACAGAGAACCGGUCAUCAAAGGAGCCGUGUAGCAGAUGAGACUUAUUCAUCUGCCUGAUAAAACUACUUCAGGAACCCAA